AUGUCUCGUGCGUAUACGUCAUAUGCGCGUGCUUGUCUCGUCUGCAGGCCAAUCCAUGACGCCGGCGAGAACGACCACGUGGAGAUUGCGCGUCUGCUGCUGUCGUACGGCGCCGACCCGACGCUCGCCACCUACUCCGGCCGCAGUCCGCUGAAGAUCGCGCGCAGCAAGCGCAUGCGCGAGUUCCUCGAAGGUUACUUUGCCGACAGCACGGGCUUUGACUGCGGCACUCCGCCGCAGCCGUGGCAGUUCAGCGCACCGUCGUGCGAUCUCGACGCGGCGCCGGCCGAGGACGGCUACGACAUCUUUCAGGACAUGCCGUCCGACGACGAGCCGACGGCCGACAAGGUCUGUCAGCCGACGUCGCUGCGCGACGUGCUGCACGUGCAGAUCAGCGACCGGAAGCCCCCGCUGGUGUACAGCGUCGAAGACAGCAAGACUAAAGAGAUCAUACAGAUGUACUCGCUCUGUGACGUGCUCAACAACCGUACGCUUACGAAGGACGAGCUGCUGAGGCUGCAACCGGACGUCACCAUCAAGAAGUUCAGCUGGUCGGACGUCGCGCGCCGGUCGCUCGGCGACGACGGCCGCGACGGCGACGGCCGCGACGGCGACGGCGACGACGACUCGCGGACGUCGGAGAAGGAAGCGAAGGUUGAGUUCGUCUGCCUCGACGAGCGGCUGCUGCACUUGAUGGGCGUGGAGAACGUUUCUUAG